UUUUUUUUUUUUUUUUUUUUUUUCAGGAAGUGCACAAGCUCUCUUUGGUUUGGUCAAAAAAGAUGGACUCCCUCUUUGUGUUUUCAUGUCAUACAUUGUGUCUAUUAUUAUGUCAAAAAAGAAGGCCUUUCAAUAUUUGAAGCAUAUUAUCAAAUCACUAUCAAAUCCCGUGCCAUUGUGCCAUGAAUGCUUCUGUUAAAGUUCAGUUGUAUAAACCUAUCUUUCAUGUGGCCAUUUCUUUUCUCUUACUAAUGACACCAUUGAAUACAAUAACAUUCAAAUCAUUUAAAUGCAUCAAGCAAAUGAUUCAUUAUUCAUAUCAGCUGAUUUCUUCUUGUCUCCUCGGUAAAGACAUCUCUUUCUCGGAGGAGCAAUGUGCCUCCCUCUUUGUGAUAAUCAUAAAAAAAAAGCGACAUCUUCUCUAGUCAGUCUUUAGUGACAUGGACUAGCGUUCAUGAAAACAACUAAGAACUACAUGCUACGAUUUGUAAUUUUGUCGUCAUUAU